UCGAUAGGUUUUGCUAUCGAAACGGAGAAGUAACAGCCUGAAUAGCGACAAUGGAGGUGGACGAGGAAGAGUUCGAGGUGCCCUCGAGCAGUAGCAAGGGCGAAAAGAAACGCUUCGAGGUGAAAAAGUGGAACGCCGUGGCUUUGUGGGCCUGGGACAUCGUGGUGGACAAUUGCGCCAUUUGCCGCAACCACAUCAUGGACCUGUGCAUCGAGUGCCAGGCGAACCAGGCCUCCGCCACCAGCGAGGAGUGCACCGUGGCCUGGGGCGUUUGCAACCACGCCUUCCACUUCCACUGCAUCUCCCGCUGGCUGAAGACCCGCCAGGUCUGCCCGCUGGACAACCGUGAGUGGGACUUCCAGAAGUAUGGACACUAAGGAUUCCGGGACGCUUUUCCCCCCAAGAACGCACUGGCGGAGCAGCACUGAGGAUGCGAUUAACCACACACCACCACCACCACCCCUCAUUUAUUCUGUAAUUCCUGCUGCAAGGCAGUUUCGAUCAUGUAAUACCCUAGUAGAUCUUAAGCGAAGGGGGGAACUCGAGUGGAUUGAUUAUGUUGGGCGAAGGCCCAGUCACAAGUUCCCCCCAAACAAACAAACCUUUUUGUAACGCAACAAAUAAACGCUGUAGAGGAUGGAGAAGACGCGCUAAUGUA